GCACCUCCACGAUUUUCGCUUGGCUUCUUCGGGACGUGUCAGUUUGCAAUCAGUUUAGUUUUGUGGCCCAAUCGGUCGUAAUCAGCGUCAGUCAGAAUCGCCAAUUCAGACCGCGAAGUAGCAGAAGCAGCAGCAGAACCUCGCAAAGCAGCAAGAACCAGCAACAACAACAAAGGCAGCAGCAGAACAGAAACAUAAACUGCACUCAGAAUGGCGGAAAAAGUGAACGUAUGCAUUGUGGGCUCCGGCAACUGGGGUUCGGCCAUAGCAAAAAUCGUGGGCGCCAAUGCCUCCGCCCUGCCGGAAUUCGAGGAGCGAGUGACCAUGUUCGUCUACGAGGAGCUCAUCGAUGGCAAGAAGCUGACGGAGAUCAUCAAUGAGACGCACGAGAAUGUCAAGUACCUGAAGGGACACAAGCUGCCCCCAAUAAUAGUUGCCGUGCCCGAUUUGGUUGAGGCCGCCAAGAAUGCCGACAUCCUGAUCUUUGUGGUGCCCCACCAGUUCAUCCCCAACUUUUGCAAACAGCUGCUGGGCAAGAUCAAGCCCAAUGCCAUUGCCAUCUCCCUGAUUAAGGGCUUCGAUAAGGCCGAAGGCGGUGGCAUUGAUCUAAUUUCGCACAUUAUCACGCGUCACCUGAAGAUCCCAUGUGCCGUGCUGAUGGGCGCCAAUCUGGCCAACGAGGUGGCUGAGGGCAACUUCUGCGAGACGACCAUUGGCUGUACAGACAAGAAGUACGGCAAGGUACUGCGUGAUCUCUUCCAGGCUAAUCACUUCCGCGUCGUGGUUGUGGACGAUGCCGAUGCCGUGGAGGUGUGCGGCGCUCUUAAGAACAUUGUGGCCUGCGGAGCGGGUUUCGUUGAUGGCCUUAAACUCGGUGACAACACCAAGGCGGCUGUCAUCCGGUUGGGUCUCAUGGAGAUGAUCCGCUUCGUGGAUGUCUUCUAUCCCGGCAGCAAGUUAUCCACCUUCUUUGAGAGCUGCGGCGUGGCGGAUCUGAUCACGACGUGUUACGGUGGCCGUAAUCGUCGCGUCUCUGAGGCUUUCGUGACUUCCGGCAAGACUAUUGAGGAGCUGGAGAAGGAAAUGCUCAACGGCCAGAAGCUGCAAGGACCACCCACUGCCGAGGAGGUGAACUACAUGCUCAAGAACAAGGGACUGGAGGACAAAUUCCCCCUGUUCACGGCUAUCCACAAAAUAUGCACAAAUCAGCUUAAGCCUAAAGAUUUAAUCGAUUGUAUACGCAAUCAUCCCGAGCAUAUGGACACGUCCAUCAUGCCGUCGCCAAAACUCUAAACUGUGUUACACCCAAAAACCAGAUCAGUCAAAUGUAUAUUGUAAAUACUACUACUACUAUACCCGCAUAGAUCAAGUCAAGACCAGUCAUCUUCAUCCAUAAAAAAGACAUAUAUAUAGCUAUAUACGAUAUAUAUAUAUGCAUCAAGUCAGACAAGUCGCUUUUCAUAUCUCUUUUUUACUUGCUAAUUACUGUUUCCCCCUUGCAAUAUUUUUCUCCAUGAUUGUUUAAAGUGUUUAUGUGUAUUAGGUAAAAAAAAACUGAAACAAAACAAAGAACCAAAAGUAAAAGUGUCAUAAUUGUUGAAGAUAAUUAAUUGGAUUUGUUACAAAUAAAUAUGAUUAAAAAUGAACAUUUUUGUACAUACCA